UCCCAAGUGUUAGUAUCCGUUGAAAGGUAUAGGCAGCAACAUGUUUUUGGAGCUGACAUUGACAUUGCUGGCUAUAAUAAUCGCUUUAGAUUACUUCAAUAAAAAACAGCGAAAUGAGCUGUUAGCUAAGUCCAAUAUUACGGGUCCAAAAACAUUGCCUAUACUUGGCAAUGCUCUGACUUUAAGAAAUGUGAACACCGAAAAUAUGGAGGAGUAUUUGAAGGGAAACACUUCGAGAUACGGCAAAAUCUAUCGCUUCUGGGUAUUCCAUCAAAUGCACCUGAGGGUUGCCGAUCCAAAGUUUGUCGAAGCCAUACUCAGUAGUCAGCAGCACAUAACAAAGAGUAGUUUCUAUGAUUUCCUUGUCGACUGGCUGGGCCGGGGCCUACUGAUGAGCAAUGGCAAGAAAUGGCAUACUCGGCGCAAGAUCAUAACUCCGGCCUUUCAUUUCAAGAUCUUGGAACAAUUUGUAGAUAUAUUUGAUCAACAGAGUGCCAUAAUGGUGGAUAAAUUGCGUUCGCAAGCAGAUGGCAAAACGGCAAUCAAUAUGUUUCCAUUUGUGUGUGGCAUGGCUCUGGAUACAUUAACAGAGGCUGCAAUGGGUGUUAAGGUCAAUGCCCAGGAAAACCCAGACUUUGAAUAUGUAAAAGCUUUAAACUAUGUUUCCAUGGUAAUGUCUAAGCGUUUUGUCAAUCCCUCCCAAAGAACUCCUCUACUAUUCAGGCUUACCUCCCCAAAAGUCUACAAAGAGACUCAACGUUGCAUAGGGAUAAUGCACAAAUUCACCAACGAGGUCAUUGAGAAGCGCCGAGAUGCCCUAGAAGCAGCUAUCAAGAAUGGUACCUACCAAACGGCCCCCUCAGCCGAUGACCAGGAUUAUGGACGGAAGCUACGCAUGGCUUUUCUCGAUGUUCUGCUACAAUCGACUGUUGAUGGUGCCCCCUUGACUAAUGAAGACAUCCGCGAGGAAGUCGAUACAUUUAUGUUUGAGGGUCAUGACACCACCACCAGUGCCAUAUCCUUUGCCCUGUACCUAAUAGCUCGCCAUCCAGAAGUCCAGAAAAAGCUAAUGGCGGAAGUCACACAAAUUAUGGGCACAGAUCGAAAUAAGCCAGUGUCCUUUAGAGAUUUACAAGAUAUGAAAUAUUUGGAGUGCACCAUCAAAGAGACUCUUAGGCUGUUCCCCUCAGUGCCAGCAGUGGGCAGAGAAAUAACAGAGGAUGUUGCUUUAGGUGGUAUAACUUUGCCAGCCAACACCAAUAUCAUUCUGUCUUUCUCUUUGAUUCUACGAGAUCCAGAGUAUUUCCCCGAUCCCGAUGCAUUUAAGCCAGAGCGCUUUCUCAAUGAAGGAGAAACUGGUGCCCAUAUGAAUCCCUUUGUGUACACACCAUUCUCGGCUGGCCCACGAAAUUGCAUUGGCCAAAGGUUUGCAAUGUUGGAAAUGAAAAGUGCAAUUUCGAAGAUGUUGCGUCACUUUGAAUUGUUGCCUUUAGGGCCUGAGGUCCAGCGGCUAACAAAUAUUGUAAUGCGUUCGAAAACUGGAGCACACAUCGGCCUACUUCCUAGAUAUUCGGCGGUCGUCAGCGUCGACCAUUUCAGCAUGUUUUUGGAACUAUUCAUUGGGUUUUUAACCUUUCUUGUGGUUUGGGACUAUUUCAAUCGCAGACGCCGCGAAAGGAUAUUUAAAGAUGCUGGUAUUAAGGGACCCAAACCAUUGCCUUUAAUAGGCAAUAUCUUGGUGGCAUGGAACAAUGAUACCAGCCAGGUUUUUGGUUUACUGCAACGCCUAUCGCAUGAGUAUGGCAAUGUUUUUAGACUUUGGGUAUUCAACCAGAGUGUACUGAUGGUCCAAGACGCAAAGUUUUUUGAGAGUAUCUUCAGCAGCCAACAAGUUAUAAAGAAGAAUCGUUUGUAUACGUUUUUGGCCGGUUGGCUGGGUGAUGGCUUGUUGCUGAGUACCGGUUCCAAAUGGCAUUCGAGACGCAAAAUAAUAACGCCAACUUUUCACUUUAAGAUUCUGGAGCAAUUUGUUGAGGUUUUCGACCAGCAGAGUUCGGUUUUGGUCGAACGAUUGCGGAAAAAAUCCGAUGGUAAGACAGUUGUUAAUAUGUUUCCGGUGAUAUGUUUGACAGCAUUGGACAUAAUUGCUGAAACUGCCAUGGGCGUUAAAGUCCAUGCCCAGGAGAAUCCCGAUUUUCCCUAUGUCAAGGCGUUGACAAAUGUUGCCGAUAUCAUAGCCACGCGCUUUGUGAAGCCAAUGCAAACUUUUGAUUUUCUUUUCAAAUUACUGGCCUACAAGUCCUACCGCAAACUGUCGGAAGAUAUUAGACUAAUGCAAGCCUUUACGGAAAAAGUGAUCAUCGAGCGACGAAGGGCUUUGGAGGCAUCUAUUCAAAAUGGAAGCUAUGAGCCCAUGAGUAUGUUUUUAUGAGAAAUCCAAGUAACAAUAACUAAUUGAUUGUGUACACAUGCAGGCAAUGCUGCUAAUGAUUUGGGUAUCAAGCAGCGUAUGGCUUUCCUGGAUGUUUUGCUUCAAUCGACAGUUGGUGGCAAACCCCUGACUAAUGAGGACAUACGCGAGGAAGUCGAUACAUUCAUGUUUGAGGGCCAUGAUACCACCACUAGUGGUAUUUCUCACACACUCUACCUUUUGGCCCGCCAUCCGGAGGUGCAGCAGAAGGUCUUUGAGGAGAUUCUCCAAGUAAUUGGUAGCGACAAGGACAAACCAGUCGCCAUGAGGGAAUUACAGGAUUUAAAAUACCUGGAGGCGGUGAUCAAGGAAGGCCUACGCUUGUAUUCUCCAGUGCCAAUGAUUGGUCGUGUUACCGAGCAGGAUGUUGAAAUAGAUAAGAAAAUCAUUCCAGCAAAUGUCCAAAUUAAUCUACUCAUAUUUGCUGCAUGCCGGAAUCCAGAGUAUUUUCCCAAUCCUGACGCCUUUCAGCCAGACCGCUUCAUGGCAGAAAAUACAAGCAAAGUGAAUCCAUUCGCCUAUGUUCCUUUUUCAGCGGGCCCCCGAAAUUGUAUAGGACAAAAAUUUGCCGUUCUUGAGAUGAAGAGUACCAUCAGCAAAAUGAUAAGGCAUUACGAGUUAUUGCCCCUAGGCGAGGAUGUGGUGCCAAUAUCAAAUUUAAUACUACGUUCUGCAACAGGUAUUAAUGUGGGCCUCAAACCAAGGCAAUAUUGAAGAGUACACAAGAUCGCAUUAUACAAAAUGUGCUAACCUACAAAUCCGAUAUACUAGAUUAGUCUACCUCAUGAAGAUUUUGGAAUUUAAAGACGUCUGA